AUGCAGCAAGCGGUGGUCACUGCCGUGGUUCUUUUGUGUCUCAGUUCGCUGAGCGCCGCAAUGAAGCUACAUGAUUCCAUCAACACGAGCAUUGGCACCGGCUCCAACGUGUGCCGCAGCUCAAAGGACAGUCUGAAGAUCCUGGCCAAUGAUUUGGAGGAAUCUUUAGGUUACAAUGCAAUGUUUUACAAGGGAUGCCUGCAAUUUGUGAAGAACAACGCCCAUCUCGAUCUCCCCAUCAUGGCUCAAAUCGAGGCCUUCGGCAAGAGGUGCAAGCAAGCGCUUUUCGUGGGUGAUGAGUCGUCCAUGGAGAAGGUUGACCCAAAUCAACUAAAGGCGGAGUGUGACCGGGCCAUCUAUAACAUGGAGGCUCAGUUCCGCAUGCUUGGCCCAGAGUCUUUGAACACCCCAGAGGAGUUUUGUGCGGUCUUCGUCGAUAUGGUGUUGCCCAUCGAAGAUGAGCCUGAGUGCAUGCGUUUUUUGGAGGAUGUGAGCUCGAAACACUUUGAUUUCUUGGGCGCAGCGCACUCAUGGCCUGGGAUCAUACACGAACCUCACUUUGAGGAGGCCUUCAUGGAGGCCUGCUUGCAAGACAAGAAAUUGGAGAGCGAAGAAGAGGGUGUGGUGCUCAACUAUGGAGAUGGUGCUAGGGACUGCCAGAUGAAAAUGGAUCGCGUCUCUGCCAUGCAUUUGCGGAAACACUACAAGCAUUUGGCAGAACUCUUCUCCGAGUUGUGCCCCUUGCUUGGCAAGGAAUUGCCAGACCAUGAAAAACCAAUUCCUUUCCAGAAGACCCGGCGCACCUUGCAUACAGCCCUCUUCCAUCGUGCUGCCAAAUUGCAGGCACGCAGCAACAUCAGCACUUCAGGAACCAAAAAACGCAAGAAACCCUUCAGCGCUUUGCAGAUUCAUUUGGACAAGACGGUGUCUGGGAAGGGCGACGACGGUCGCCGACGUCGCAGCAGGAGAAGGCGCCUCACCCACAAGCAAGCCACUUGCUGCAACGGAGAAGCUCGCAUGUACGAGGUUGGUGUGGAAGCUUCUGCUGGCGUGGCGGUUGACUAUGGGCAGAUUGUGGCAGAGGGCUUUGAACGCUGGAGAGGCAAUGACUGCGAGUACAAGCUAGGCCACAUGGGUGAGGUUUGCGGGGGCUUGGAGCUUGGUGCUGGCAUCGACGCCACGGUCAGUGCUGGGUGGUUCAAGAAAUGGAGCGAUAUCCUAGGCAAGGCAUGGUUCAAGGGUGGUGGCCUUUGCCUAGUUGGGUGUGCCGGAGUCUCUUUCAUUGAAACCGAGGCCCUUGGUGGGCAAGUGAUUGGUGAAGUGCUGACGGCAGGGGGUGGCAUGGGGAUUGAGGUUUCUGCUGGGUGGUGCAAAUGCUGGAAGUGGGCUCGGGAAGAAAGUUCUUGGGAACGAAGACUCAAGAAAAAGUGUCCCGCAUCAGAUGGUGGAUGCUUCCCAUCCAAUGCCUUGGUGCAAACCCCAGAUGGUCAGAAGCAGAUGCACGAGCUUCGAGUCGGUGAAAAGGUUUUGGCCUUGGAUUCGGCCGGUGCCUUGAUUUUCGAUGACAUCUAUUUCUUUGGCCAUGCACAGCCAAACACUCUGGCAGCUUUUGUGAGAUUGGACAUCGGGGAAGUUAGUUUGGAGCUGACCGGAAAGCAUUUCAUCCAAGUCUGCACAAAAGUUCCCUGCCAUUGGGACGACCGACAGACCAUCUAUGCGGAAGAGGUGCAAGUUGGUCAACAAGUUUGGCUGAUAGAAGACACCAAAGCUGAAGUCUGCUUUGUGAAAUCCAUCCAGAUUGUGCCCAGGCUCGGCCUCUACAAUCCGUACACCUUGUCAGGGAAUAUCGUGGUCAAUGGUGUUGUGGCCAGUGCGCACAGCAGUUGGCUCUUGGAUGCUUGGGCACCUUCUUGGUUGCAAAAGCAUUUGGCUGCGAUCUAUCAGGCAAUUUUCUUCUUUGGGAGGUGCCUCUAUUUCGUAGCUGGAGAACAAGCAGCUGAUUUCCUUGGAGUCGACAAUCCACAAGUACAAGAGCCUGGCAUCAUGACGUUGGUGACCGUGGCCUGUCCUGCACUUGUCGCUCUUCUUGGGACUCUUGUCACGGUGAAGCGCUUGGCUUCCAAGACAGCGUGA